CUGAGCCUACCUGAGAGAGAGAGCGAGCGAGCGAGAGCGAGCUAAGCUAACUUCUUCAGUCCAGGAAGUGAACUCUCUCAGGAGAGAGAUAAGGUUUCACUUCAGCUUCAAUGGCUCAGUUUUAAAGCUUCGUUCAGUCAUACUGAGCUACAGGGAGCAGAAAAAAACAAUGCGGAGUUUCAGCCUCGUUUUUCUUCUGUCUGGAGUUCUGCAGUGGAUCCCAGUCUCAGGGAAUGUGGCACUCACCUUAAACCCUCUCAGUGGUGCCACCAUCCACAUCAACAGAAGUGAGACUGCACAGUCAAAGUGUGAAGUUUGUAUUGGAAAGUUGUGCCAGCCCUCUGUGGCUCUCAUAAAAAACACAGAGGUGGUAUUCAACUGUGCACAACCAGAGGACAUCUUUACAGUGGAGAUUGUUAAACAAAUCGUAUGUUCCAAGACAUGCAAUGGGAGUAUCACCUCAGAGGAGUACCCUUCUCUACAAAACUUCAGCCGCACAUUCACUUGGAAUGUGGUCACCCAAGUCCAGAAGGCUCUCAGCUUGAACUUCACCAAAGCUGGUUUAAGGCAGAUCCGACCCACAGAGAGCUGUCGAGACAAACAUGUCUACACAGUCUCCACAGGCAGGACCACACUGGGGAGAUUUUGUCGCCAUGGGAGCAUCAAAAGGAUGAAGGUGGCUAACGAAGGGAGUGUGUCUUUGCAGGUGCCUGGAAAAGGACAGCUGGACCCAACAACCUUUGACAUUUCAGUGGGAGAUCACAUACCAUUGCUUGCGAUUAUCAAAGUGAGCCUGCCAGAGGAAGAAUCAUCACAGGAAUUCCUCUCCCCAAACUACCCGGACAGCUUUCCUGAUUAUGAUUUAGUGACAUGGUCCUUCAAAGUCCCUCUUAAAUACUACACAACAGUGCGCAUUCAAAACUACACUGAUCCCAAGUGCCAGAGGAAGGAUGCGCGACUGGAGUACCAGUUGUUUACCAAGACAGUGGUGAAAAAACUGAGUGACCCCCAGCUGUCUGAGUACCAGGGCUCCUUCAACCUUUCCCUGCAGAACUGUCUGAUGCAGCCCUCCUCUGCUCUCUCGCUGCAUUUCAACAUCUCUGCUGUCAAGAGAGCCAGUGAAGUGCGGUGUAGCGUAGAUCUGAGGAAGGAGAAAGGGCUGCAGAUACAUAUAAGGAAAAAGAAACCAACAUCAGCCUGCGUCUUAAAACUGAAUUCACAGAUCCAGGAGACAGUCACAAUCUUUUCGCCAAAGAUGUCAUACCUCUCAUUCUAUGACUGCCCAGAGGAGGACCUGCUGUUAAACAUAAACCAAACCAUAGCCUGUCAGCAGCAAGCAGACUGUGCAUCCCCUGAAUUCUCUCUAAGGGUCCCUGUGCUAGAGAAGUGUCUCCUGGGAGUUCUGCAGCAAGUCAUUUGGCACCUGUACGUCCCACAGCAUGGCGCAGUGGAGCUGAUGUCUCCCUUGGGCAGCCUGCAGCAGUCUCUGCCUGGCCAGACGUGCAACAGCAGCGUACUUCUCACCAUGACUGAACAUGAGCAAGGGGACGUCACUGUUGGGCGGUUUUGUCCUCAGGGGCCCAUUCACAAAGUGCAGAUCCGAUCCAACAUCACAGUGACUGCCUCCCCUGUGGACGGCAAUGAUCUGCGGCAGAUAACAUAUGCCCUUUUAAAGGGUUCUUUCAUGGAAACAAUAAAUGAGCGCUACAUUUUCACCGUCUUGCCGAAAAAGGACAUGUCAGUGCUGUUGGCCACUCCAGCAUGGCCGGCAGGAAUGAGGCCAUACUCCACUGUCUCCUGGAUUGUCUCUUUUCCUUCACAGCUUGAAGCUCAAGUGGUGUUUACCAACGUCAGCCAGGUCAGUUGUCCAACUCAACACACAGGCAUAAAAGUGCAGAAGCAGGGCUCCCGGGACGAGACUUACAGUUGGAGGAUGGGUGAGAAGCCUAAGGAUGUGGUGGUGGAAGAAAGCUUCUAUCUCAAUAUGUCUAACUGCCGGCCGUCGAAAGGAUCCUUCAGUGUGGUCAGCCAAAUCACAUUACUCAAGCGCAAAAACAAGAUUUUGAGCAUCAUCCUGAGUGUUGUGAGUGUUUUGUUGGCGCUGGUGGUGGCUGUAUUGGCUGUGGUCUGUAUCAUUAACAGGAAAAAGAAGAAGCAGAGAGCUUCUGAAGUUUCAGUCUACAAUCCCAACGGACAUGCCUUCCUACCAGGCCUCCAUGGAAUUCCCAAGACAACGGAGGAUGAGGACGUUCACAUUUAUCAUUGUAUUGAUGACACCAUGGUGUAUGGGCACCUUCUUAAAGACGGAACUGAAAUGAAUCAGUUUGAACCAGCUGUGGAUUCCUACCAGGCCUUUACUGGACCCACAGACAGGCAGCCAUUAACAGAGCCAGAGGUGGGAGUCUACAGACCUUUUACUGGCUCCCAAAGUGCUCCAGAAGUGCCUGAAAGAGCCCCAGGGCAGGGAGGAAACCCACCCAGUAAAGACCAGCUGAUAGCUGAUAAAGAGAUCAAUGGGGAUAACUCUGUCCAGAAUCAGACCAACACCACACAAGACUUACAGGCAGCUCCUAUAGCACAAUCUGGAGAGGAGGAUUCUUAGGAGGAUGAGUCCUAAAGAGUUUGAGGAAGAACACUAUGUGCUAAAAGCCAGCAUACAGGAGAGCAUGUCAGGGCAUGUUGCUGGAAUUAUUUUUGGUUUCAUCUGGUUAAGUAUGAAUUGUAUUUUUUCUGUUUCCUUCAUUUUACCUGUGUGACUGAUGGUAAGUCUUUGUCCCAAUUUCAGUAGUGUUUUUUUAACAUGUCCUCGACAGCUUUGACUCACCACUGCAGCACAAGAGGAGAAAGAGACAGUGAGGAGCAGAUUUUUGCUAACUUUGCGAUACAAAAUGUUGUUUUGAGAAAUUUGAACAGGACAGCUAUAGAAUGUGUGAAUAAUUGCCUUGUGGUAUAUAAUUGUAGUGUAAUGCCUUUAUUUUUGUUGCUGUUAGCUGUGUCGCUUUUAGCAUGCUAACUUGUGAGCUAGCAGAGUUAUAUCAGAAGUCAUGCAUGAGAUGGAGUACCCACUUAAAUCCCAGCAAAUUGAAUGUUAUGAUUUUGAAAUAUUACGCAUGUUAAAUGGCUCUGCCCACCAUUAUUUCCAGGUUUGAUAUGCGUCAGGUCUGAUGCUUGUGGAUGCUUCUGUUCACUUGACCCCUCGUCCCUCCAAGGGUGCACCUAACACCCUUCACUUGAGGUAAUACACCAAUGGAAUGGCGCUUAAGAUACAACUGUAGAGGAGAAAUUGGGAGGCCAAGAGGACGAGGACUUGGUAAAAAUGGUAUAGAAACAGGUGGUGUGCCAAAGUGCAUAGGCAGGUUCAACCUGGUUCAUGCUUAUACCACUAUAUGUUUAAUUACUCUGGAUUGUAAGAGAAGAUAUAGUUUGUUGUGAAGUGUUUGUCACAGCAUUGUGAACACCUACUAGAUGUCCAAUAGUUUGAGGACACCUGCUCUUCCAGCAUUUCUUCUGAAAUCAAGGCUAUUAAAUUAGAAGUUUGUCCCCCUUUGCUGCAGUAACAGCCUCUAUUCUUCUGAGAAGGUUUUGCACUGGAUGU